AUGCGGCACACGCGAAGGCACUUCGUCGAGGCCGGCAGGGGCGAUGCGCCCGCGGGGGACGUGGAGCGGGAGGUGCAGGACGCCGCCAGCCGCAAGGAUGUGCGCACGCUUCUCCCCCUCACCCCCGGGGGCGUUAAGUUCCUCUCCAGGCGGUACCCGCCGGUGAGGGACGCUGCCGACCUCGACACACUUGCGGAGCGGCUUGCAGGUUUGGGCCACCGCGGGGAAUUUGGCUUUUCGCCUCUGUUUUGCCCCCGCCUGAUCGAUGCGGCGUGCCAGCGGGGCAUUUUCCCCAUGGCGAUCCUAGUGCAAGACAGCCACCACCUAUUCGCUCCCAAACUGCACCAUCAGCGCUGUCUGACGCAGCUGCGGCCACCUGUCAAGGGCCUUCCUGUGAGCAGCGACGACAGCGAGGGAAAGUUUGCGGCGGGGCUGCUGCAGGUGUCUAAAAAAUAUUUAUCGGCCCGCAACGAAAACACCCGCGCGAGGUCGUUUGAUGUCUAUAUCAACCGCAAGGAGGAUAUCGCCCCCGCGCUCUCGCUUAUUGUGGCCCAGCACGGCGAAAGCUGGAUGUGCCGUGCCCUUCGUGCCUGCCUUGCCCACAUGUUCUUCAACCAGGACAGUUAUCGCACCAAAGUCGUCGUCGUCGCCGUCCGCCGUCAUCGCUACCCGUCCGACUCCGGCGGGAGCGCAGGCAGUAGCCACGAACCGGUGUGCAGCUUCGCCGAGGGGGACCCGGUAAACGAAGGCGAUCUCGUUGCUGCCGAGGUUGGCUUUAUUGCCGGGGACAUUUACUGCUCCAUGACGGGGGCGUACAGCUGCAGCGGCUCUGGGACGCUGCAGCUGGCGGUCACCGGAGAGGCGAUGCGGAUCGCCGGCUGCAGCGUCUGGGACCUGGGGAUGGAUAUGGCGUACAAGCGUGAGGUGCUGCGCUGUGAGCCGCUGCCGCGUGAGCACUGGCUGUUGUUUGUGCGGGAACACGUGGCGGACGCGGCUGUCGCGGAGGCCAUUGAAAGGCGUUUGCGGGAGCAAUUUAGCGAGGGUGUGCCGGUGCGACUGCUUCUUUCACAUACUUCCCGUUGA